AUGCCACCCACAUCCAUCAUCCACGUCCCCCACCUCGGCGGUAUAACAGCCUCGUACCGCCUCUCGCAACCCUACAACGCCAAACUCCCCACCCUCGUUCUCAUAAACUCCUUUACUACCUCCUCGGCCCUCUACGACAAUGCCUUUUCCACGCCCGCACUAACAUCUACCAUGAACCUCCUUGCCAUCGAGCUCCUCGGCCACGGCGGCACACGUGCACACAAGACGGACAAUUGGACGUACUGGGACACGGCGAUUAUGAAUCUGCAAGUCAUGGAGAAGUUGGGGGUUGAGCGGGCGUUUGUGUUGGGGACGAGUCAGGGGGGUUGGGUUACGGUGCGGAUGGCGCUUUUAGGGGGUGACAAGAUCCAAGGCAUAAUCCCCCUUGGAACAUCCCUAGACUCUGAAUCCCCCCGUUCCCGUGACCUGGGCUGCUGGCACGCCGUCGAACCCCUUGCCGAGCGCAUCACAGGCGAGUUCGGACCUUCUGCUGCUGGUGAUGGUUUCGCGCCCAGCAAGGACUUUGUUGAUUUCCUCGUUGAUGUCGGUUUCGGGAAGGCGUGUCCAGAGGAUGUGAGACGCUUUUGGGAGCAGGAGAUCAAGAGGAAUUAUCAGGGCGAGGAGGGAAGGAAGAGGAUUCGCAUGGCGGCGAUUAAUUUGAGGGAUAGGGAUGGGCUGCAUUUGAGGUUAGAAGAUGUGAGGUGUCCGGUGCUCUGGUUGCAUGGAACGGACGAUGCGGUAUACUCUGUUGCAAAUGCAAAGGAAGAGAUCCAAUUAUUUACCAAUUCGCCCGAGGCAAGGCUAGAGGUUAUCCAGGGCGGACAGCAUUUCCUCAGUGCUUCGAAUCCAAAGGAGGUGAAUGAGCAUGUCGUAGCUUUUGUGAACAAGUACAACAAAGCUGGGCCCUUACUAUAG